AGUUGACACGUAUCGCAGUGAACAAGAUUUCGUCAAGAAACGUCGUGAAUUAUUGAAUAGACCUACUAUUCAGGAAAUUGCCAUACAAUCAAGUAUUUCCAAAGCAUCAUGUGGCUCCAAUAAAGAAUCCAGGAGUGAAUCCAUGGUUCAAUUCCAUAAAGCAGGUCCAUCGAAAUGGGAUUCAAAUGUGAUUAUCCAUUACUCACAUGAAAGUCGAUUGUCUACUUACAGAAGGGAUGUUCAUCAACUAUGGAAUGAACACUUUCAUCAAACUCCAGUGACCCAUACACGCCUGAUCAUAGGAACCAAAAACAAUCCCAAUUUGACCAAACGACUUCUACGGCGCCAAUCAAAUCAUCAAGAACGAGCACAGAACGAGAAAAACUGA